UUGCAGGGGAAAGCUCGCAGUGAUAUGACCGUGGAAGAAAGGAUUGGUGCAGCAGACCGGAGAAAGAUGGAUGGAAAUGCUUUGUAUCAGGAAGAAAAACUAGAGGAGGCUAUGCAACAGUAUGAAAUGGCCAUAGCGUAUAUGGGAGAUGACUUCAUGUUCCAGUUGUUUGGGAAAUAUAGAGAUAUGGCUCUGGCUGUAAAGAAUCCGUGCCAUCUUAACAUGGCAGCUUGUUUGAUUAAGCUGAACCGUUAUGAAGAAGCUAUAGGACAAUGCAGCAUUGCACUGGGUGAGGAUGAGAACAAUGUGAAGGCAUUAUUUAGGCGAGGUAAGGCUAGAGCAGCACUUGGGCAAACAGAUGCUGCCAGGGAAGAUUUUCUAAAGGCACGUAAACAUGCUCCUCAAGACAAAGCAAUUGCAAGAGAACUGAAAUUGCUUGCUGAACAUGACAAGGCCGUUUACCAAAAGCAGAAAGAGAUAUAUAAAGGAAUAUUUGGACCAAGGCCUGAACCAGUUCCUAAGCCAAGAAACUGGCUCAUAUUUAUUUGGCAGUGGUUGCUUUCAGUAUUCAAUGGCCUUGUCAGCCUCUUCAAGCGUGAAAGGUUUAAAUCUGACUAAUCAAAAAGACCAUUGAAAGACCACCUCUUGUACGACUCAUGAAUUAAUCAUACUUUUACUAUUUUCCUUUUGCUUGUGGAACAAUCAGAUGUUGAAAAAGCACUGGUAUUUCACUCCUAGGAGUUAUCUUUGACAAUGCUAUCAAUCUGCUCUUAUGUUACUUUUCAUAGUUUGGUGGUUUGUUCAGAACCUCCUUGUUACCAGAAUUGAAAUUGAAAUUAUAAGUGUCGCUUAAAUCAGAUAAUCAUUUUAUAAAGAUUUGUAGUAUGCCUUUGAAUUAA